ACAGUUGCAUAUCAAGGGACAUAUUUUCUGGUCUCAGGAUGUCGUCUCACUUGUCGAGUCCCAUGCCGCGGGUCAGAUCCCCCGUGGCCAGUCCCGCCAGCUGGAACCCACUCAAUGAUCAAUCUACUCUCGAGUCUCGCAUGACUCACGAUGUCUCCGAGAUUGUAGACAUUAUCCAUGAUUCAGAAGCAAAAAAGUUCAGACUCGGCGUGUUGCUUAUCUUGGUGGCGGUUGUCUCGUGGGUAAUUGGCUUGGAGUUGGUGAAUGCGGUGUUGAAGGAUGGCUCGUACCAAAAACCACUCUUGUUCACAUAUAUCAGUGGAGGGUGUUUUGCCUUGAACUUGGUACCUGACAUUAUACGGGUUUUCAACAGAACCCCGGUACCUGAGCCGGUAGAAAAAGACGAGGACGACCCUGUGCCAUUGACGAGAGUCGAGUUUGUGGUCCUUAGUGUUCAGGUGGCAGUUAUCUACUUUUUGUACAAUGCAUGCGUGUUGUCGUGCUUAAAGUACACCUCUGCUUCAAACCAAACGGUAUUAGCAUCAACUACGUCCAUUUUCACGUUGUUAAUAGGAUGCUUCUUGCGAAUCGAUUCGUUUUCCGUGAGCAAAGUCGUUUGCACGGCUGUAAGUUUUCUUGGUGUGCUUUUGGUGAACUUCAGUGAAUCGAAGGGAGAAGCUUCUGAUGGUGAUAAUAAGUUUGUUCCCAAGAACCCCAAGCUCGGCAACACUUUGGCCAUUGCUGGGGCAUUGAUGUACGCGUUUUACUUGAUCAUCAUGAAGGUAAAGGUGGGAACUGGCAACAGAUGCACAAAUGAGAGACAAUUGUUUGGAUUGGUGGGGGUUGCUACCUUGGUUCUCGGUGCUCCUGUUUUGUAUGUCGCUGAUAUCUAUGGCUACGAAACGUUCGAAUUUCCGCCUCCAAAUGCCAUCACCUUGCUUCUGAUUUUCAUAAAUGGAGUGUUUUCGUAUAUUAGUGAUUUCUCUACCAUUUUGGCCCUGUUGCUCACGAGUCCUUUAAUCACCUCGUUAUCAUUAACCAGCUGUGUACCUGUCACCAUUUUCAUCGACUACAUGGUUUUGUACUUUACUGGUGGCUCGGGCUCCACCACGUCUACUUCUAGACAGGUUAUGUACGUCACGGGAAUUCUCAGUAUCUUGACGUCGGUGGUAUUGAUUAACCUCACCACCACCACCGAAAAUGAGUUUAUUGAGAACGUCAUCGGGGAGUCGUUGGAGGAGGGAAUUAAGAAUGAUGAGAUCUUGUCGCCCAUGUUAUCUCCAUUAUUGACAGCCAGACCGCAUACUUUAUCCAACUUUAGUUCUCCCUUACUACCAAUGAGAAGAGAAACUACAAAGAAAGUGUCUCACUUGAAUCUUGAAGGGGAAGGCUUGAUCAACAAGAACCACAACGCUACUUUAUACACGGUGGAUUCAAGACUCGAGGAUGACGAGAACGAAAGGUCCAACAUUGUAAUUUAUGGAGGAAAUAAUCAUAUUUAUCACAUCAAGCAUGUGGAUUCGGGGUCUGGUUAGCAUUUAGGUACUCUUUUUUACAUAUUCAUAUUCACAUAUUAACG